UUUGCACCUCCACUUUGCACCUCCCAUCACUGGGCAACACAGCGCAGAAUCAUGUCUCGCGCGCAUGAUGAUGUGCUGUACUCAUAUAGCCUUGCUUAGCGAUAUUACUUGGGGGCCACAGUGGACUUGGCAAGACUCCCUGCAGCCUCAUCCCCUUAGGUUUAAACACAAGUCCAGGAUGGACAGCUCAAUCGCAACAACCGACCUUCUUUGUUCUGUUUUGUUCACGAUUUGGUUGUCGUCCAUGCUUUCCAGUUGAUAUACGAUUUCAGCUCCAUCACAUUGCCGAAACGUCUAAUGCCAUUCAUCUAGGCAGUCUUGCACCCUAGUCUAUACAUCCUCCAGGGCUACAGGGACGUUCACCUCAUGACUCUCACAUUGCCAACGGGUUCCAUCGAUAAGGAUAUUUACAAAGGGUUCUGGAUCAACCAGUCACUUGGCACAGUACGUGGCGCUACCCUGACGCUUGACCGCCAAGCUGGGGGUCUCGUCAUUGCGUUCCUGGCUUUAUUCAUCGCUGCCACGGCACGCAGCCUCUGGAAGAUCGUACGGUUCCUCGUACAUGCUACUAGUUCGACUUGCAAUAAGCAGGACGGCGUCUACCACCAACGACAAGCCAUCUUGCGUAACCAGCCGUUAGCACUUAAUGCUGUGCUAGACUUCUGUCGGCUUGGCUAUGCCUGGCGAAAUCGAGCCACUGAUGCCCCACAUCGGAUACUGCCGGUUUCCCUGCUAGCUUCUGCGAUCGCAGUGGCUUCCAUCGCUGCUGGUCUUUUGUCCUCGAGGAUCCUAACUACCUCGAGAGACGAAGUUUUAAUAGAUGGAAGAAAUUGUGGGGUACAGGUCAACGAUCUGAACAUCCAAGCGUCUACCAUCGAGACCAUUAUGAAUCGUCAAAGUCAGAAAUGUCUCGAAGAUUUUGCAUAUUCGACGCAAUGUUAUCGCGAGGGCGAUACUUCUCAGAACGAACUAUGUGAGACUUUUGCGACUUCGACGUUACCUUUCACAUCAGACAGAAAUGCUUCUUGUCCAUUUGCUGGGGAAAUAUGUAAAUCAGCGACCGGUAACAUUCUGCUAGAUUCAGGCGUGCUAGACUCUCACUUACACCUCGGUCUCAAUCGAGGUCCACGAUUCACUCUUCGCCAUCAGACGCAUUGCGCGCCUUUAAACACAAAGGGCUUUACGGAUACGGUCACGACCGCGAAGAGCUCCCAGAGUAGACAGGUCUACCGAUAUGGGAACAGAUACGGACCGAACGGCAAUGAGACGUAUGUUUUCGCAAUUGACAUUAAGAACGAAAAGCCGGUCUUUGACGGCAUUAAUAUUGGUAACUAUAAAGUCUCGGUUUUGAUGACCGACCAGGAGAGGAAGGUUGAAUUCCUCAAAGAACUAAGAAAGCCCAAUGCGUUCGUAUCAUUACUAUUUCUUGAUGCUACGGAAGUUGUAUAUGCCGUACGAACAGAAGAUCCCUGGUUUUCGGCUACAACGAGGGUCUCGAAGAGCAACUCAUCAGCUUCGGGCUCCCAUUUUGUUGCUGACGAACCCGUUGGCGUAUUGGGCUGCGUGACUGAGAGGUCAUAUUGCAACCCGGCCCUUCCAGUCAAUGUCGGAUGCAUCGAUGGUUUUUCUAUCAUUGGUGGAGAUCCCUUUGACUCCCUCGCAAGAGCCUGGCCAGAUACAACUGAUCAAUCUACGAUUCGCGCCUUCAUAGCUGCAUUGAGCAAUCAAGGUGCUGGCCUGUUGGACAUCUACUAUGCAAUACCAAACUCACCGUCGCUUCUAUCCCGCAAUACGAUAAUGGGUAACAUGCAGACAGCAGCUAUACCAAAACAUCGAUGGCAGGAGGAGCGCGAGCAUUUGUACAAAGCUAGUCUUGCUGCUAUACAAUCUAUGAUGGUCGACCAUGCUAGAGGGUUUGCUCUCGGAAAAAAUCUCUACUGCAUUGAUCAAAAGAUAUGUCAUAGACUCUGUCAAAGUCAGAAAGUCCGCUCCGCCAAGCACUAUUCAUUCAACGCUUGGAUGCUAGGAGUGAUUCUUCUGGUGGGGAGCACGUUAGUGCUCAUAUCGACGUUCAUAGAGGAAAUAUUCGCCCUUUUCCUGCGAUAUCCUCGCCUUCGCAGCGAAAAGCUAGUCUACAGCUACGCCGAGUGGCAAGCUGGAUCCACAUUACAGCUGCAACGCCUAGCACAUGAGAACCUCGGCACUGGAAAUUGGACACGAACGAACGAAGCGAUACCAGUCACAGAGCCUGGAGACACUCUAGCCAUACUGGACGUUACUGACGCGAAACAUGCACGCAUGGUAGUACCAUCCACUGAACUUGAUGUUUUUGGCCUGGCGGAAGGGUCUUUGGCUCAUGCCAAGCGACCUGCACGGUAUUCACGUCUCCCGAGUACGGAAGUCAUCUAAGUCUCUCUAUUUCCUAUUCUACUUCUUCAGCAAUGGUAAAAUGUUAACUUUUAUCAAAC